AUGUCGACGUCUUCCGCCACGCCUAGCGGCGCGGCUCCAGCCCCAGCCGUCGUGCUGAAGCAAACCCUCCCGCUGAAAGACUACUUCUCGACGCUCGCCUACCUCUCCUUCCUCCUCAGCACUACUGUUGCGCUCCUGCCCAGGUCGACAAAGUACUUCUACCCCGGAGCCGUCACUGCGCAAACGACGUCAGCCGACCGGCCAGAACAUCCCUUCCUCACGCCCAUCACGGCCAAUCCCACGGCCAGCGCGGCAUGGAUCGCGGCCGGGACGGGCGUCACUGUUGCCUGGCUUGGGAACCGGUUCGGACGCUGGGUCGGGGCGAGGGGUGAUACCCUCCUCGCCGUCCUGAUCGCGACGCCGCUGUACUCUGGCCUGAUCCACCUCCUCGGCGCACCGGGGUACACUUGGUUCCGCACGCUGCUUACCUCGCUCACACUCGCGUUCCUCACGACAUACGUGCCCAUCUACAUCCUCGGCUUUCCCUCGCUGUACGACGAGGGCAUUGCCGAUCGAUACCGCCUCACACGCCUGUUCUCGCAGUGGACGCCCGAGACGCGCCUCGAGACGCUCAUCGUGUAUCCUGCCGUUGGCGCUGUUAUUGGCGCGUGGGUCGGCGCCAUCCCCAUGGCGCUUGACUGGGACAGGCCGUGGCAGGCGUGGCCCCUCAGUGUGCUUGUUGGGGCUUGUGCUGGGUUUGUCGCGGGCGGAUAUUGCGGAUGGGCUAGCUGUGCGUUCAAGGGCCUCAAGAGCGACAUUGCCGCCGAGCAGCGCAGGGAGGCCGCACAGGCGAACAAGCCCAAGUCGUCUGGCAACGCGAGGCGGAGAAAGCCCGGAAAGUAG